AUGCGGCGGUGCCGGGCGGCGGCGCUGGCGGGGCUGGCCGCGGUGCUCCUGGCAGGUGUAAGCAGAGCCCAGAUUCAGCAGGACCCGUCGGUAGAGACCACCGAGAACAUCGCCAUCAGCAUCAACUGCUCACACCACAACUUACCACGUACCGAUUUCAUCCAUUGGUACCGUCAGUUCCCGGGCCGUGGGCCCGAAUUCCUCGUGAGCGCUGUUCAAGGCUCCAAGCAGCUGCAGGACCCAAAGGGGCGGCUGUCGGUGGCGGCAGAUCGCCGGUCCAACGUGCUGUGGCUCGCCCGGCCCCGGCUCCGGGACGCGGCGGUGUACUACUGCGUCCAAGACCACGGAGAGAAGAACCGGGGCUGCGGCCGAGCAAAAACCGCCGCGGGCGGGGCAGGGCAGGGCAGGGCAGGGCGUGUGUGUCGGGGGCACUGGACGGUGGCUGCCGCGACCGCGAGGCGGCGCUGCUGCUCCGCCCGGCACCGGCACUGGACCCGUCGAGGCUCCUUUCGUGCCCCGGCGCAUGCCCCGGCCGCGGCUCCGGAGUCACAGUCGUUGGGCUGCUGCACGGCAGUGUUCAUCUCCUGUGCUGGGGCAUCGGGGGAGAGGCGCUGCUCCCAGGCAGCUGAGGAACAACGCUUCCCCUCUUCUUCCUUUGCUCCCCCAACAGAGCCGUUUGCAACAGCUCUGUUGUCUCGGGGCUGGCUGGUGGCUUUCUGA